UCAAAUUUUAUUAAUUUUUCACACCCUGAAACUUAUCUAAUCUGCGCCGGGCUGUUGUCAAAAAAAAGGUAAACAAACCAUUUGCACGUAAACAAAUCGCUCCCCGAUGGAAGCUCCAACCACUAGCCGAAAACCGUGGAAGAAAAAUCUGUACGAAAAUGCCGACUACGAGGACAACUAUACCGAUCCGUCCUUCCUGAAGGACAUGCAGACGAACCGGAACCUGAAAACAUACGUCCCGGCUGAAGCGUUCGUCGGAGCCACCCGGCUCAGCCAGCAGAUCUGCGUUGUGACGGCAUUCCUGAUUGUGUUCCACCACCUGUACAUGGAACGGAUCGGAGCGAAGCAGAUCUUCUGCCAGUCGGCCAUCGGCACGACCGUGGGCUACUUCAUCUAUGCCGGGCGCGACAUACAGCUGGCCAAGUUUGUGGAAGAUUCGAAAACCGCGUUCGCGGUGCUCGUGUUCGGCUUCAUCUUCUCGCCGCUGCUGCACACGCUCACCAACAGCAUCAGCACGGACACGAUCUUUUCGAUGACGUUCUUCGUGCUGGUGUUGCAUCUGAUUUUCUUCGAUUACGGUGUAUCGGCCGCCCUCGUGUCGAAGGCGAUCUCGCUAAACGCGGCCAUCUUCGGCUCGAUCUGUCUCGCUUCCCGGCUGUCCUCGUCGCUGCACGCGUUCGUGCUGCUCGAGGUUGCGGCCGUGUUCUUUGCGCUGGGACCGUUUCUGGUGCGCAAGCUGUACAGCGUGCAGCUGCUAGUUGCGUCCAUAGCCGUUUGCUGCUUCUUUCUGUACACCAUCUCGCACAUCGUGCUGUACACCUACAUUAGCACGCUGGCGUUCGUUAAUCUGUUCUGUCCGUGGCUGUUCGUGCGGCUGCAAAAGUACAAAAACAACAUCAACGGUCCGUGGGACGAGGCGAUAGUUGCAGAAGAGUGCACAUCCUAGCCGGUAGACCCAGUAACAGUAAGCUUCGUGUAACGCUAGUGCUAGUCAUUUGUGUAGGUUAAUAAUAAACCAAUUACAGUUUAAUACAUACUGAA